GUGCGCCGCUAAACCCGUCGAGCUCGCCAGCCUCUCUUUCGUUCGGCCCACCACCAUCUUUCUUCGGCUUUUUCUUCACUCAUAGAGUGGUCAUGGCACCCACAAAUGAACUCGAAUACCUCAAGUCUCUUGUAGCACAGCUCAAUGACAAAAUUCAGAGCCUCGAGAACAAGGCAAAGUCAGCCGUGACGCCUACGAAGACGCCUGCCCAGCAGCUCAGGACUAUUCUCAUCGGUCCUCCGGGUGCUGGCAAGGGAACGCAGGCUCCCCGCAUUCGCGAUGAGUUCUGCGUGUGCCAUCUCGCCACCGGUGACAUGUUGCGUGAGCAGGUCCAGAAGCAGACCAAGCUCGGGAAGGAGGCGAAGAAAAUCAUGGACGCUGGAGGACUCGUCAGCGACGACAUCAUGGUUAACAUGAUCAAGGACCAGCUGGAAACUAACAAGUCCUGCAAGAACGGCUUCGUACUCGACGGUUUCCCUCGCACGGUCCCACAAGCUGAGAAACUUGACUCCAUGCUCGAAUCCCGCAAGGAGAAGCUCGACUCCGUCGUCGAACUCGUCAUUCCCGACCAACUGCUCAUCUCCCGUAUCACCGGCCGUCUCAUUCAUCCUGCCAGCGGCCGGACAUACCACAAGGAAUUCCAACCACCAAAGAAGCCUAUGACCGACGACGUCACCGGCGAGCCCCUCAUCCAACGCUCAGACGACAACGUCGAAACCCUCACCAAGCGCCUGAAGUCCUUCCACUCCUCCACCGGUCCCGUGGUAGAGUACUACAAGACCAAGGGCCUCUGGCAGAAGAUCGACGCCGCGCAAUCUCCCUCCGUUGUUUGGGAUAACUUGGGCAAGAUUUUCAGGGCGCCGCCUACGAGUAAAUAGACAUGUACAUACACGAGUAGAAACGGACUAUCUUAUUGCGCUGCCCUCCUGGUCGA